AUGACUAUUGUCAACACUCCAGUCACUCCUAUCGUGGUGGACACCUCGAAAUCACUCGAGGUGCAAGCAUUGGCUAUCAAUGCUGCUGCCAACCAGCUCCGCACAACCAUCGCUGGUGUCUGGGAUCUGGCACCAACUACACCACAGCCUCCAGCUCCAGACUCAACGGUUGUGCUCAAACGCGUUCUUCCCGGCCAAGAAAGCGUCUUGGAUGGCGAUGAGCGGACUCUCGUUGCCGAGGAGCAUUACGCACCAGGCGGGAAAUAUCGAGGUAUCAUCAAGCUGAUGAUCAAAUACGCACAAAAGCCAAACUCCAUGGCCCAUGGAACCGGUUGGCUUAUCAGGCCCGAUCUCAUCGCAACUGCCGGCCACAACGUAUACGACUGGGGCCACAAUGCUGGUCAAGCUAUCGAGAUCAAAUGUUACGCUGGCUGGAGUGGCGCAUCACGCAUCAACGAAUCUGUCGAAUUUCGCAGAGCUUCUCGCGUGGUCACUACGGAACGUUGGCUACAGACCCGAGGUUCGAAAGCACAUGACUUUGCACUCAUCCAAGUGGAGAAGCCUUUCACUAACGUAACGCCUUUCUCCAAGAGACGUGAAUGGAGAAUUGAAAUGUACGUAUCUGGACAAUACAACCUCGAGAAGCAGCCUGACACUAUGUUGGAAUACUCUGUCGAUACAGAAGGAGGCCAAUCUGGCUCUCCAGUUCUGUUGGAAAACGGCCUGGUUGCUAUCGGAGCUCAUGUCUACGGCGGAAGCCUCAAUGCAGGUUCUGUGCUUGGAAGAUAUGGCAACCCGAUCCAAGACUACAUCGCCGCGGUCGAUAUCAAGCUGGCACACCCUGGCCAGAUCAAUCUUUUCACCAUCGCCGAUGAUGUGGUCGCCGCAAAGGGUGCUGCAACUGCUAAGCAGUCCAACACGGCACUAACCCAAUUGGAAGGUGGUGACCAUAUUGGAACCUCUAAUGCGACUAAUGGACCAGGUCCAAAGCCUCAGACCCAAGAAAGCAUCUUCGACUCCAUUGCCGAUGUACUAAAGAUCACUUCCCGAGCACACUUCCUUCUCGGGCCAAUCGGAGGUACUCUCGCAGAUACUGCACUGCUUGCUCUCAAUGGUGCGAGAGCUGCCUCGGCAGAGAGCGGAUGGGAAGGCGGUCGCGCACUUCCACUGGCUGAUCUACAACGAGCCCAGCUGGCUCGUGCACUUUACAUGAAACUCAUGAAGGACAAAGCCAAAGCCAACCCGGAAGGCUUCUUCGACGAUCUCGCUAGUACGAUCACGCAGACCAUCACGGGUCCGGUGGUCAGCGCAACGACGUCCGUCGUGGACAGCGUCACGUCAGGUCUCGUUGGUGGCGCAAAGGCCUAUGAAGAUGCUGUUCGCAGUCUGUUCCCAACUGUUGCGCAUAGCUUUGUGCUGGCCGCUGCCCUGCCAGUCGGCGCUGUCAAUACGGAGAGCGCAAUGGAAAGCGACGCUCCAGACAAUGAAAAGCGCUUCAUGGCUGCUUUCGCAGAGUCUCGCCGAGCUCGCCGAGCUCAAAAGACUGGUGGUAGCAACUCAGAAGGUUUCUUCGACGAUGUUAUCAUUGCUGGCGUCGUGAACGCGUUUGCGGGCGGCUCAUCAAAGGCUGAGGGCUGGUUUGUGAAUGCAGUCUCAAAAGCUGAUGGAUCCGGCAACUUGCAGCCAAACUACUAUAACGGCUACAGAAAGUCUGAGGGUUUCUGGGACGACAUCACGCAGCCAUUCAAGGAUGCCGCCAGCGCUGUCGGAGACGCCGCGAGCAACGUGGCCAAUACUGUUGGAGACGCCGCGAACGGCGUGGUGAAUACCGUCGGAGACGCUGCGAACAGCGUAGCGAAUACCGUCGAGGACACCGCGAACAAGGUGGGAAAUACUAUCGUAGACGGCGCGAACAAAGUCGGAAAUGCUGCCGAAAAUGCCGCAAACGCCGCGGCGAACGCUGUCACGGGUGCCGUGAUCAAUCCUGUCGUCCAAGGAGUCAACUGGGUUCUGCCGAUAGCCGUAAGAGCAGAAAGCAGCAUUGAAGAGACUGCGGGUUUCCAGGAGGGCAUCAUACGAAUCACUCAGGCUUUCGUUCUCAGAGCUGCGCUCGAAGAGCAAUAUCUCGUUGCUACGAUGGCUCGGCCGUUGGAAGAGCUGAAGGCUGAGGGGUGGUGGGAUGAUAUGAAUGAGGCUAUCGAAGGGGCGGUGACAGGCACUGCCACUUGGGCUUGGGAUCAAGUUCAGUCUGGUGCAAGGCGACAGAUGGAGAGCGACCAGAGACAGAUGGACGCCGCUGGUGCUAGGAUUGUGACUCCAAUGAACUGGUAG